CGCUUGUCUCGACCCCAGCAGAGCGAAAUGAGCAUGAUCUGGGCCUUGAGCGCAAAUAUUUCAACUGAUGGAGUGCAUGGUUCUGCAAGCCACACUCCGUUUUUCAUUAUCAUCAAACCUUGGGCACAUUAGGUCAAACAGCGACAAACCGCACCCGCCAGUUUGAUCAAAAUACGUUCCGAUGCCCCCGUUUCGAACCUGGUCGGCAACUAUUACUCCGUAUGGUUCUGAAAGCUGGAAAAGAUGCCAAACUGCAAUGCAUGGAAUACCGAUCCCUGUCCUUGUGCAUAGACACAGAUCGAGUCCUACAUAUAUUGGUUUCUACCCUCCAGAAUCCAUCGCCUCUUCCUGCCAGUAUCUCUGGCCUUUGACUGUGGCGCAAGGAGCGUCAAGACCGGACAACGUUUGUUUGCGCAGGGAUUUUUUUCACGCCUUCUCGUGUUUGGCUAUCCGGUGGUUGGUGCUUCGGAGAAUGCCCGAGGAAAAUGUUCGGAAGCUGGGUCAGCGCUACAACUGAGGAGACCUUAUCUCAUUUUCUAGACUGGAAGCUGUCCAAUCUAAUCAGAUCUUAUUUGAUCAUCUAAUCUGAUAAGUCCCGACGAACUCCAUCCAGCUCCGCUACCAACCGUUCCAGGUCGAACAGCUGCAUGCCUCGAUACAAAUUUGGAAUGUCAUGUCCGAUACCGCUUGCAAAUUGCGGCCAAUUGCCUGGUCGUCGAAGCAAGAAGGAGAACUCUUCCUCUUUGAAAGGUUUGCUCUGAUUUGUUGACGAAAAUCUUCUAUGCUUACUUCGGAAAUGUUACCAGUGCCCUCUUGAACCGCCAGACCCAUUGGCUCUGAGGAGUAUACUUCUGCGGUGCUAUGGAACUCUUCAGCGGGUGGACUGUCCUUGACACCAUAAUGGAGUCUUUCAAUUUUUCCUUUGGCGUGGUCUGAGUGGCACAAAAGGAGCAGCAUUGACUCUCUGAUUCAACUUUCCUUCUCGACGUACUCCCACACGAUUCACUUCGAAAUUCACGUCACGAUUUCAAGUCUCAACACUUCGCCUCUGUCGGCCAGUAUGCAGCCACAACAAAGGGUUUUCUCUCUGCUUCUCCUUCUCCUUGCCGGAGCUUGCCAUGUCUUAGCCACGUCAGGAUCCGAGGUGGCUGCCACCACGGAAAGUUUGCUUCUGCCACGAUCUGUACCACCGGCAACAAAACAUCGCUCUGACAAGGUCCACGGCAUCAUUAUGGGUGUUACGGUUAUCAUUCUCUUCCCAUUCGCCUCGAUCUCUUGGAGACUGCUGGACCGCCUUGUUAGUGGAAGAACGCUUCUCAAAAUCCACGUAUGCUGCCAGCUGUUGGCCCUAUCGAUGCUCAUCGUCGGAUUCGGCCUGGGGGUUUGGGUCUGCAUUAUCCACAACGAGGUGUACAACGAUGCAUGGGGCCAUGUGAUCCUCGGCACCAUCCUCAUGGCCCUCUUUAUCCUCCAGCCACUCAUAGGGCAAUGGCAUCACUACCUGUACAAAUCGACAAGUCGAAAAGCCAAACCUUGGAUACGCAGCUUCCAUAUCUGGCUGGGACGACUGUUGAUGGUCGCGGCCAUUGUGAACGGCGCCACAGGCAUCGUGCUGGCCAAUAACACUCCUGGCGGCGAGAAAGGCUACAGUGCUGCGGCUGGGAUCGUCGGCGUGGUCUACAUCGUGAUCCUUCUGCUUUGGUACUGGAACAGGAGCAGGCAGAACCGUGAAGAAGCUCGUCAAGACAUGGCGCUGGGAGGACAUGCAGAUCUGGAAAGGAAAUCGCUUCCCGGCGUCGCAGUUGACCAGAUGUAGUUUCCAGUCCUCAUCGGCCUGCGAUACGAGCCCAUCUUGGGACUGACUAAGAGGAGGGGGUUUGCCGUCUACAUCGGCACUGAAUGGCGAGAUACCUGGCGCAGACAGAUCAGCGCCAGUCAGUACGAACAGAGGUGGCCCGGUGCCACCACUGUGCCGUUUUGCGGGAAGAUUAUUUGUUUGAAACAAAUAAAUAGAUAGAGAAAGACGAAAAGGGGAGGUAUCUAUCUACAACUUGAGUUGAUUUGUGGAAUGUCUAUGGACAACGUUUAGCACUCGUAC